UACGCAGUUACACAAUACAGGUAGCUACGACGUACAUAUGUAGGUAUUCACUGGCUUUUCACCCAUGGACGACAACACAACAAUGUGAUCAGCAAAGUGAGUAUGGUGAAUAGCAAUGUCGAUGACAACCUUGAAGUCUCUCUCGCAGUUUUCCCUCAAGAAAUCCUACAUAAACCACGUGGCUGAACUAUUCCUUGCACCCAUCGUAAAGCUACAGAAUAUCGACUCCUCUCCUCAAGUCAACGAGGACAUAAGGAUCAACUCGAAAUCAUACACUCAAUUGCACUCGCUCUCUCAUGAUGACAGUUAGCCUAGUCAAUAUAGAUCACUUUGAAGUUUUGGCGGAUAUCGAACAAACUAACCCAUCACGUGCACAUGGCAUUGACUCCACGAAAGCGCGAUUCAACACGGCAUUCCACACUGAACACGAAGCGCCUGACCUUCUCGCCAGACCCUCAGAGAAGCCGUACUCCUUCAAGCGAUGGCUUCCUCUCAUUCUACGCUCACGUAGGCUUGCACCAUCCGACGCCCAAAUUGUCACGCUCUCGCAGCCACAGACUCGGUUGCUCCUCCGCGUGGCCGAGGCAUCCAUACCGCUAGGCUCAAUCAAUCGAAUCUAUCGAGAGGAAAUUGACGAAGAGAUUGUGCCAUCAUUCUUGGCAAUCGAAUUCCCCCAAGAAGGGCUGUUCAUGAGAUUCGACGCCUGUUCCGCCAAAGACGGCAUGCAGAAGACAUUUGAGAACUCUCCGCUGCGCUCUGUGAACGAGGCGCUGCUGCUCCUGUUGACAUCGUAUCGUGCACGGAACACCAUGAUUAACGCCCUUGAUGAUGGCGCCCAGGUUUUUGAGGUUUUCUUCAUGCCAUGGAAUGACCGUAUGCGAGGCGAAAGAGAAUAUCGCGUCUUCUGUCCGGCUUUCAGUUCAGUAGAUUCGCUGCGCAUUUCUGCAAUCAGUCAGUACAGAUGGUAUCAGCAAUGGCGUUUCUAUCUUGAACCCGACAAAGAACGUAGAGCAAUAGUUGAGAGGAUUGUCGAAGGCGCCGAAGAAAUAAAGGUGCAAAUCGCAGCAGAACUAGAUCCUGAGGAUGAGAUGGACAGCUUGUUAAUGAAGCAAGGGCUCACGUUCGACGUAUUGUAUGAUGAGCACCUUGGUGCUAUCGAUCUGAUCGAGUUGAAUGUUUUUGGCGUCAGAUCAGCGUGCGGAAGCUGCCUUUUUCAGUGGAUUAAUGAUAGAAAGAUACUUGAGGGUCAAACGGAACCUAAAGCUUUAGAAUUCAGGGUUACCUUUGUGGAGCGCGUAGACCGUGAAUCAUCCUCUGAAAACAGCAACGACGAAGGUUCAGACGCCUCAAGAGAUAUAUCUUCGUCAUGCUAGGUGUGGAAUUAUUACCGAAUAUAUCGAAUUGACCUCAUCGCGAAGCUACAAGCGAUCGUGUCCUUCGCUUAGCAGCACCAAGUAUCAUAAAAAUUUAUUUCAGUACAAGAGGUACUUGUAUAAUAAUGUUGAUCUCUUUCAAUCAGAUCGUGAGAUACUCUUAUGAUAAUCGGGCCUCUGAAACUGAUUCAAGCUGCGACCGCGACAAACGUAUGCAUACACGGGUGUAGCACAUGAGAUGGCGCUAUGCUUGAGGGACUCCGACGUUCAAUAAUCAAAGUCCCCAGUCUUGGAGGCUUCAAUACAACCUAUUUUCCCUUGAUUUUGAGAGCUGACGUAGAUUCAGUAAGUAAUUACCAAGACCUAGAUAUGGAAUCAGUCCUUGGAUCUGGGUUAACAUCUCCGACUGCUGGGGUGCCUUUCGGCUGAAUGGCGAAAAUCAGUUCAUUUUUCCAGCUCAACUACAAAUGAAUUCAGGAAAAGCUAAU